AUGCAGCGCUACCAGGCAACAUUUGAUGAGCUUGAAGAGAUUCUCCAAAGAAUGCGACGAGGAAUUAUAUAUGGUGCGUUCCAGUCUGCUAACCCGAUAUUAGCGCAAAUCAUGAAAUUGGUGAAGAAAGAAGACUUUGAACGACCGUCCGAGUUAAUGUCAGUACUUCAGGGUAUGGGGAAAUAUCUCCAACGAGGUUCCAAGAUAGAAUUCUCGACGGUGAACAUUGUCCGCCGCGUGAUGUUUAUUGUUCGUGAGGUGGAGCGAAGUCUAUCCAAUGUCGAGUUUGACGUCCAGUCGAACGAAUUACACCGACUUGUUUCCGAGUCCCCGUCCAUCAGUAACGUCGACAUGAAAAAGUUCAAGAAGGAACUCAUUGAAUCGCUUAAAGAAUAUCAGACUGAGCUCAAGACGUUAUAUAAAAGUAUAGCGGAGCAAGGCGAGGCGUAUAUCAACGACAAUGAUGUUGUCUUAUUAUUUGGGAAAUCCAAGACAGUCUUAGAGUUCAUUGCCGGAGCGAAAACUGUUCGGACGUUUUAUGUGAUAGUAGUGGAUAGUUUACAACGCAAAGAUGGUGAAGAGAUAGUUUUAGAAUUACAGAAUAGAGGCAUCAAAGCUGAUUUAUUCCCCGAGUCUGCACUCUUCUCGGUAUUACCACAUGUCAACAAAAUUGUGUUGGGGUGCCAUACGGUUUUGGCUAAUGGAGGUCUCAUUGCAGCUGCUGGUGCGUUCAAUUUGUGUUGUGUUGCGACACACUUCCGAGUCCCCGUCUAUGUCUGUACCGGGACUUUUAAGAUCUCCCCAAUAUUCCCAACAAACGACACAGACUUCGCGUUGAUACAAUCACCACUACCAAUCAUGCCCGCUGUAUUAUCAAAACCUUCAAUACAAUCAACCCAAACUGGACUCGAGUUGUUACUCGACAGAAAAAGUGACGAAGAAACCGCAGACAAAAGUAGUUACCAAAUCGAAGAGGCAAAGUACACCCGUGUGAUUAACUCAACGUUCGAAUAUAUAUCGCCAGAUUGGAUUAAUCUGUUUAUCACCAAUGAGAAUGGUGUUCCUCCUUCUUACAUCUACAGAUUACUCGCGCAACUCUACAACCCUGAAGACACAUUCUUUACUACUCGAUGA